AUGGCGCUAGCCACUUUCGCCUUCAAGACCGAAUUUGCGGUCGAUAUGACUUGCCAAAACUGUGUCAAUGCUGUGUCCGAGUCUUUAAAGAACGUUGAAGGCGUCGAAAGAUACGAUAUCGACCUGGAAAAUAAGCAGGUCACAAUCACAGGCAGAACUCCCCCGUCACAACUCUUGUCUGCCCUCAAAGCAACGAAUCGACAGGUCAUCGUACGAGGCACAUCAUCUUCUACCAACCCCAACCUUCCCAUACAAGCCGCUGUGGCUAUCAUGGAAUCUCCCUUGCCCCUUCCCACUUCACUCGCAUCCACAUCCAACCCCAUCCUCGCUGGCCUCUCGGGGGCUGCGGCUGCAAAGCCCCUGCCUGGCAUGAACGAGGAGGAACACACGCAAAAGGUGUUUGGUAUCUGCAGGUUCGUGCAAAUCGCGCCCAAGACAGUAUUGAUGGACUUGACUGUCCGUUUACCCCCACCUGCGCGAGUUGGUCUUGGCCAAGCAACAGACUCCAUAUUCAAUGUUUACAUUGCCUCUACGGGCAACCUCGUCAACCCUCCAUCUACAACCGGCAAGCCCUUCUUCUCUCUCGGGAGCAUCACUCCAGACAAGAACGGUUAUGGCGAUAUGUUCAAGGAAGUCGAUGGGGAGCUUUGGGAAUGGAUAGGCCGAGGCUGUGUAGUUGAGGCUGCGUCCAACGCAGCGCCGACUGUCGCCCAGCAGGGCGUGAAGGACGCGGCGAAGGUGGAGCACAGUACCUCAACUAUUGGGAGGUUGUUUGCGGGUGUUGUUGCCAGAAGUGCAGGCGCAUGGGGCAACGACAAGACAGUGUGUGCCUGCAGUGGCAGGACAAUGUGGGAAGAAGGUCGAGAGAUGGACCAGAAGAAAUUCUGA